UUUCCUGAUGGUUAUUUCUUUGUUAAAAGUCAAGCACAUGGUCUUGUGCUUACCGUCUUGGAAACAGGUCUACUUGCUGCUGAAGUAGUUGUGACACAGCUUGAUACUAGCAAUUACUCAGGUCAGCUUUGGAAAUAUGAAGAGGGUUACCUUAUCAACAAAUCUUCAGAAUUGGUGCUUGACGUUCCAGGUGGCAAACUCUUUCCCAGUGCCAGUAUUAUUCAAUGGCAUGCUAAAGUGUUACGUUCCAGUCGCAAAAACCAAAUGUGGGGCCUUUCCGUCGACGGCCACAUACACCCUCAAUCUUGCUCAAGUCUAGUACUUAGUAUAGAUGAUAGUAUUGUUCUCAAAGAAGGAGCAGAACUGAAGCUUGCUAAACGCGGAGCUAUUAUUUUGGACUAUCAACAAUGG